CGUCUCAAGUUACAUCGACAAUUACGAAGAUUGUCUUUGAUGACUCCUCCCCUGUGCAGCUGAUUCUAGCUGAGUGUUCAUGUGUGGCUGGAACAGCACUUUGUAACCAUAACGUUGCACUGCUGUACCAGACUGCACAUUACUCUCAGUUGAAUCUUGCUGCUGUUCCCCCAGUCCUGAGCUGUACAGAGACAGAACAAUGCUGGCACAAGCCAAGAGUUAUGGGUGUGAAGCCAGGUCGGGUCAGUGACAUGGUUGUGAUGUCUACCAAGCCAAAGCAGAGAACUGUUGCUAGAGGUGUAAGGAGUACACUUUACAAAGCUGUGCGGGGGGAGUUGCCAGAUCCUGAUGUCCUUAAAGUGGCUGAGGCUUAUAAGGAUUUCCCAGCGGACAUUGCACCAUUGAUCACCACCAUGGCUAUCAGUGCUGAUGUCCCACUGGUUGACUCAGCAUUUGGUCCAGUGCAAGAAGGCAGUCCAAUUUCCUACCAGCAUCCAGUACCUGUGAGCCGAACGAUCCUUUACCACCAGGAUGCCCCUCCACCACCACCUCUACCUGUAGAUGGUUACAGUUUGGAGCCUACUACCUGCCAGUUUGUUUGCAGUCUCCAACAGCAGCUACAUCUGCAGUCACUGCAAACUACUUUGGAUAUGGCAAGGAAGGUAGAGGCUGCUACAAGGGACCAAAGUGCCUCUGUAGAGUGGCAUAAAGUCAGGAGGAACAGAGUAACAUCUUCCCACUUCAAAGACAUUUGCCAUGUCCGUGGUCAGAGUUCAGCAGAACAUCUUGCUGAGAGAAUACGAAGGGGUGUGGCUCAAACAGCUUUAAUGAAGAGAGGACUGGCAUUAGAGCGUGACGCCAUUCAGGAGUAUUGCCGGGUAAAGAACACCAAUUACUCGCCUUGUGGCUUUGUGAUCCACCCAGAUGCUCCGUGGUUAGGGUCAUCUCCUGACGGGGUUGUUUUUGACCCAACUGAAAACCCACCCUUUGGCCUGCUGGAAGUCAAAUGCCCAAAUGCCAAAAGCUACGUUGACUGUAAAUAAAUGAGGUUGCAGAAUGACACCAUGAAGUUAAAACAGCAGCACAGCUACUACUGGCAAGUUCAAGGUCAGCUCCUGAUUACAGGUAUGCAGUGGUGUGACUUUGUAGUGUUUGCAGAGGAGGACAUGGUGAUCCAGAGGAUCUACAAAGAUGCAGAAGUUGCUACCAUCAUCAGGGAGAAGGGUGAUUUCUUUUUUUUUUACGUUUACAUGGCAGUUUGUUUGAAGGAUUAGGCUUACUAUAUAUAUAUAUAUAUAUAUAUAUAUAUAUAUAUAUAUAUAUAUAUAUUAUUAUUUUUUAUAUUUGUUAUACCCUGUGUCUAGACCCUCUGUAAGUUAUAAAUGUGUAUACUGGCAUCGGGAGAUAUAUAGUUGUUUACUAUAUAUUAUAUCCUUAGUUUCAAACAGUUCAGUGUGUGAUGAUUAACCCAGAAGUUCUAUGUUGGUGCAAGAGAAAAAAAAACAACUAUAAAAUUGCUUGUUUAUAUUUUAUAUGCAUUUAUAUUACAUUAGUAUUCAAACUGUAAAAUAUUUGUGUUCCCUCUUUGUGUUCCCUCCCAUCAACAUUCAGAACUGGCUCUGGACUCUUAUGGGUCAAUUUUUUUAUUAUUAAAUAAGCUUGUAAAUAUGCCUUAAACUUUUCAUGUGACCAACAGUAAAGAAUUUCAUAAAAGAAAAACUGGCCCAUUGCCUUUGUUAUUGGAAAUAAAAUACAUGAAACAUAG